UAGAAGCAGGGAUUGAGGAUGUUGACAUGGAAAAUAGAUUUUCUUCAUUCAACAAGAUUCUCAGCAGUUUGUGGCACCUUGACUUAAAGCUCAGAUAAUCACCCUGUCUGAUCUAGAAUGUGACUAUAUCAACGCUAGAGCCUGCUGCUCCAAGCUAAACAAAUGGGUCAUUCCAGAGAUGGUCGGCCAAUGUCUCUCCACUAUGCUGAUGUUGGUCUCGAUGCACUGGUUCAUCUUCCUCCUCAACCUGCCUGUAGCAGCAUGGAACAUUUAUAGGUAUGUGAAAGUUCCAAUGGGAAACAUGGGCGUGUUUGACCCCACUGAGAUCCACAACCGAGGUCAGCUCAAGUCCCACAUGAAGGAGGCCAUGAUUAAACUGGGUUACCACCUGCUCUGCUUCUUUAUCUAUUUGUAUAGCAUGAUCCUGGCUCUGAUCAACGACUGAAGCAGCCAUCGGGCUGUCAGAUUCCAACGUCCAGGCUUUGCCGUCUCCCCCUCACAUCCUGCUCCUAUACUGUAUGCAUACAAUCUUUCUGAACAGCAGAGAGAGGAAGUUUAUUGUCACUGAUUACUGAUCCACGCUGUUAUUUGUGUUGUCAGUUUC